ACCUAUCCUUGAAACAUAUUAUGGUCAAACAAUGGUGAAUUCAGCCUUUGCAAACUUUAGCAACUCUGAUAAUUGGAUCCAGACCAAGGUGGUAUAUCAAUUCAGCACACCCAUAAUUGUGAACCCAAGCAAGAUAAUUGAUGGUAUCCUUGCAAGCACAAGUCCUGUACGCUAUGUGAGAGGCACCCUGAAAGUCAAUGAAAAUCAAGCACAAUUUGAUAUGGUCCCGUUUAGUUUGAGAAUACUGAACAAAGACUUCUCUGAUGGCCUAUCUAACAGAGGCUCCACAGAGUUUAAAGAGCUCAGCACACAAGUCACAACCUCGAUAAAGAAGCUUUUUGGAAAUGAGAAAGGAUUUUCAGAAGUCUAUGUAAUGAAACUCACGAAAGGCUCGGUUGUUGCCAGUACAGAGGUGACCUUCUCCCCAGGAUCCACCUCACCAAGCAGGGUGUCUCAGAUCCUACUUAAUGGGAUCCCCUCUCUGGAAACAGAAGGCUUGAAAAUAGACCCCACUUCAAUUAACCUGCCAGUGCCAUCCACUCCCAGACCCUUCCCUGGGUUUGCUGUUGCCAUCAUUGUACUGUGUGGCCUGGCCAUCCUCAUUAUCCCAAUACUCGUUUUUGUGAACGUGUUCUGCUGA